AUCAAUAAAACUAACGGCCUAGAUCCGUUUAUCGUCGAACGAUAUUAAGGGCAAAAGUUCCUUCCAUUUUCCAGAAAAUUGUAAAACCCAAUUCUGAGAACUCUUUGUCUUCUUGUUCGUCUACGUAAAUUCUUCAGAUAUUUAAAAAUGGCGGACGGUGAAGAUAUUCAGCCACUCGUUUGCGACAAUGGGACUGGAAUGGUCAAGGCCGGUUUUGCAGGUGAUGAUGCUCCAAGAGCUGUAUUCCCAAGCAUCGUUGGACGUCCACGUCACACGGGAGUGAUGGUUGGAAUGGGACAAAAGGAUGCAUACGUUGGUGAUGAGGCACAGUCCAAACGUGGUAUCUUGACUCUCAAAUACCCAAUCGAGCAUGGUAUCGUCAACAAUUGGGAUGACAUGGAGAAGAUAUGGCAUCACACUUUCUACAACGAGCUCCGUGUUGCCCCUGAAGAACACCCGGUUCUGCUAACCGAAGCUCCCCUCAAUCCAAAGGCAAAUCGUGAAAAGAUGACACAGAUCAUGUUUGAAACAUUCAACACUCCUGCUAUGUAUGUCGCCAUUCAAGCUGUUCUCUCUCUCUAUGCCAGUGGUCGUACUACUGGUAUUGUUUUGGACUCUGGAGAUGGUGUGAGCCACACCGUUCCAAUUUACGAGGGUUAUGCUCUUCCACACGCAAUCCUGCGUCUGGACCUUGCGGGCCGUGAUUUGACCGACCACCUCAUGAAAAUUCUGACUGAGCGUGGUUACUCCUUCACCACAACUGCUGAGCGUGAAAUCGUUAGAGACAUGAAAGAGAAGCUCUCUUACAUUGCCUUAGACUAUGAGCAAGAGGUCGAGACUUCCAUCACCAGUUCAUCUGUCGAAAAGAGCUUUGAGCUGCCAGAUGGUCAAGUGAUAACCAUUGGUGCAGAGCGUUUCAGGUGCCCGGAAGUGUUGUUCCAACCAUCGAUGAUCGGAAUGGAAAAUCCAGGAAUCCAUGAAACUACUUACAACUCAAUCAUGAAAUGUGAUGUGGAUAUCAGGAAGGAUCUUUAUGGUAAUAUUGUGCUUAGUGGUGGAACCACAAUGUUUGGUGGGAUUGGUGACAGAAUGAGUAAAGAGAUCACCGCCUUGGCUCCGAGCAGCAUGAAGAUCAAAGUUGUGGCUCCACCAGAAAGGAAGUACAGUGUCUGGAUCGGUGGCUCUAUCUUGGCUUCCCUUAGCACUUUCCAGCAGAUGUGGAUCGCGAAAGCCGAGUAUGACGAAUCUGGACCAUCUAUCGUUCACAGGAAGUGCUUCUGAUCAAAGUCAUCAACUAAAAAAGUGCGAUAAACCUUUUUGAUAAACCUUUUUCACCCUGAAGCCAGUUGCCAUCAUUACUUACCUCGCUUCUCUGUAUGUUUCUUUUAUUCUUCUUCUUCCUCACUGUUUAUUAUUAUAAUCUUGCUUUUGAUGUAAAUCAAGUGUCAAAAACAUUAUUUACUAUUUUAUAUUGUAUACAUAUUAAUGGUAUACACACACUAUCUUUUUCUC